AUGAGUGUCAAGGCAGGUGAUGUUGUAGAGGUGGUGAAACGAUACAAAGACGGUUGGAGCUGGUGUUAUUUGAAAAGUCGAUCAACCGGAACCUUUCCAACAGAUUCGCCCUAUGGAAUGAUUCCAACUGCUUACCUGACAGAAAUUGAAGAUUCGCCAGAAGCAACCUCCUCCAUAGAACCAACUUCUACUUCUCAAUCAUUUACAGAUUCGAGUAAGAAUAAUAACUUGGAAUUGACCACAAGUUUCGUCAUUUCCAAAAAUAUUCAUGCCAAUGCAGAACCAAAGCAAACUCACAUUUUUCAAGACGAAGACUUUAACCAAGUAAUGACUGAACAGAGUGAUAACCUCUCUGUGGCAAGUUAUAGAACUGAUUGUACUGAUCUUUCAAUUGGAGGAGAACGAAGGUCGAAAAAGAAGGAACUCUUAUCCAAGAUUGGAUCCUUCUUUAGAAAAUCAAAGAAGAAUGAGAAUUCUAGUGUAGAAACUCCUAAAACUCCAAGAUUUAUCAUCAAACAUGAAAGUUUUAAAACUUCAAGUUCAAUAAUUACUGAGGAGAAGAUUGAAAAGGUUGAGAAGAUUGAAAAGACGAAAAUUUCCAAUGUUAUUAAUCCAACGUUUCCAAUUGAUGUGUUGAAUGAUGUCAAGAAGAAGGUUAUUACCAAAACAGAAACAACCAAACGAGAAUCCAUCUCAUUCAAUUUAUUCUCCAGACAAAAGAGGAGUAAAAGACAUAAUCACCAUCAAGCAACUGCCACUGAUCAUAUGCAAUUUAUUGCUGAAAAAUUAAAGCAUCUCCAUAGAAGAAAAGCAAUGCAACACUAUUUGAAAACUGAAACUCGUUUCAAAAAGGCAAAGAAGAGACUCGAGUUGAUUAAGGAAACAAUAGAUACCGAGAGAACCUAUGUGAAUUUGUUGAAAGCUUUCAUUGACAUUUUCUAUUAUCCUAUCGUGAAUGAUUCUGGUCAUGGAAAGGGAAUUUUGAAGAAGGAAGUUUACAACACUCUAUUUAGUAAUAUUGAACAAAUUUACAAAAUUAAUAAUACCUUACUCCAUGAUUGGGAGAAUGAAUAUAAUACGAAUUAUCCAUUUGUGAAUAUUGGAAAGGCAUUCUCUCAAAUUUCUCCCUUCCUAAAAGCUUACACCAUCUAUAUCAACAACUUUGAUAAGGCACAAGAAAUGUUUGAAAAGCUCAGAGAAAAAGACAAGAGAUUUAAGGAAUAUCUCACUGAAUGUUACAAGAACAAGUUGGUAAAGGGAACUCUAUUGGGUGGUUUUCUCAUUUUACCAGUUCAAAGAAUUCCGAGAUAUAAACUUUUAAUUCAAGAAAUGCUCAAGAAUACGCCACCAACUCAUCACGAAUAUGAAAUCUUGCAGAAAUGUGCCAAAGAAAUUGAAUCCAUUGCAGCUUUUGUCAAUGAUGAGAAGAGAAAUGUGGAACAGAACCAGACUGUAUUUGAAGUUCAAAACAUGGUUCAGAAACAAUAUCCACAAUUUGUCCAACCCAAUAGAAAAUUCAUCAAGAAGGGAUCCAUGAAAAUUAAGAUUACCAUUCACAGAAUUGAGGAACAAUUGGACAAUAGAAGAGGUGCCACUUCAAGCAAUCACUCCUCUUUGAAUUCUACACAAGAUUCAAAUCUCAGUUGUCUAAUGACAUGUAGAGAGGCCAAAUUCGAUGUCUACCUCUUCACAGAUGUAUUGGUCCUCAUUGAAAUGGAAAAGAACAAAUCCAUGAUUCUGACCGAUGAAAAAGUUCAUUUUGUCUUUUUACAAUUUGUUGAUUGUAGAGAUUUUGUUAGAAUUUCACAAAAUGGAAGAUCAAGAAAUUUUAUCGAAUCACCAGAUUCACUCCUUUCCAAUCACAAUUCCAAGCGAAGUAGCUUACAAUGGGAUGAUAAUAUUUUCAAGAGAAUUGAACAUGAAGAUUUCUCCUUUGUGAUUGAAGCUCUUUUCAAGGGAGUAAAGACUGAAUAUUCAUUCAUGACCUCAAAUCUGAAUGAGAAGAAGGCGUGGAUGAAGAGUAUUCGUGAUUGUUUGGAAGGACUCUCAAGAGGCAAUAUUUCGAAAGGAAUCGAACAAGACAUUUAUCUUAUUGGAAAGGAGAGAAUUUCACUCAACAAGAUUGCAAAAUGCAAAUUGGAAGAACAUCAAUCCUUAGAAAAGGGCUGCCUCCUAAAAGUUUCCUAUCUCACUCAAUUGGAACAACACUUGAACAAGAAGAAACAACAACUCACCAAAUUACAGAAAGAAAUUGAAAUUUACAAUCUCGAUCGAGAUCAAGUCAUGCUCGAAGCCAAAACUCUCCAGGAAAAGAAGAGCAAGAUUCGUGAGGAUUUGAAAUUCUACUAUCUCUCCAUCCAAGAACGAGAUCAAACCAUGAUGAAACUCUUGAAUGAGGAUCAAUCUUUCAAAUUAAUUUUUGAUGAUGUCCCAACAGUUGAUUCAGAAACUGUUUACAAAAUGUAA